AUGCAGGGUUCACUAUCUCAAGGAAGUGUAGCUCAGACCUCUCGGACAUACCCGUGCUGUGAGAAAUAUGGGAGGAAUCAUAUAGGGAGAUGUCAGUUUGGCACUGUGGUGUGUUAUUCAUGCGGCCAGCCAAGCCAUAUCAAGAUAGAAUAUCCAGAAGAAAAGGGUAAUAUUGGUGGAUGCAAGUCAAUGGCUAAUUCUUCUGCACUACCACCGCCUCAGAAGGGUGCUACUUCAGCCUCCAGAAGUGGCUACAACCAGUUGUAUGCCUUAACCAACCCCCAAGAGGCAGAGGCCUCACCGGAUGUUGUUGCUGGUACGUUGCAAAUAUUUUCCCGUGAUGUUUAUGUAUUACUUGAUCUCGGGUCUACCCUAUUGUAUGUGACCCCUUAUUUUGCUGUUGGUUUUGGGUUUGAACCCGGUGUGAUUGCUGAGCCUUUUUCUAUUUCCACUCUGGUGGGGGAUUCUAUGGUGACUAGGAGGCUGUAUAGAAAUUGUGUGGUGACUGUUUGUGGUUAG